AAGAGCUCGCAUCGUGUUUUUCGUGAUCUUUGAAAACAGAACAAUAUUUACCGUGAUCGUGAUAAAUACAGUUCCACAGAAGAAUAAUUACGUUUCAAUGGUGUUCGCGUAGUUAAAGUGAACGAAAAUGAUCGAAUGCGAGCAACCCAACAUCACCGAUACCUCGGUGAUAGAUCACGAAGAGUUUCUUGAUCGUAUCAAGAAAACCCUCUACUACGGCUCGUCCAAGGGGCGAUGCACCAAAAUAAGCCGCCCGCUGGCGGACUACGCCGCCGAUGUGUUUUCCGAAACGCAUCGCGGUCAUUCCCUCAGUCGACUGAACUUUGCGACUGUGGGCAAUCUUUCCGUGCAACCGUGCUCACUCAUUCUGGCGAUGAUCUAUCUCGAUCGCUUGAACGCUACCGAUCCGACCUUUGUUCGUCGUGUAACGCCGUCUGAAUUAUUUAUAGUCUCGAUGAUGGUGUCCACGAAGUUCUACUGUGGUUACGAUGAGGAUAUUUAUUUAAGUGCCUGGGCAGAGUCUGGAAACAUGACACCCGAUCAAAUGAAAGCAUUAGAACUGGAAUUCUUAGACGCAAUGAAUUGGAAUGCUUAUGUUUCCAAGCAUGAUUUCUUUGAAAAAUUGAAGUCUGUGGAGAAGGUGCUAGCCAAAAGACAAGGUCUAACGCGCGGCUGGUUAACUUACACCGAGUUGAUCAACUUUUUACCGUCUUUUGCAAUGGCCAAACAGUUGAUACAUUACAGCACAGUCCUUGCUCUGAGCUACACGGCCAGCGUAAUGACCAUUGCGGGAGCCUUCCUCUUAGCUAGCAAUCUCCAUCUGCCCGGUAACCUUCUCUACCGUACCGGAACAACACCUGUCGACAGCAGCAACCUUCAAAGUGGCACCGCACUAUCAAACACUUCGCACCCGGAUGGAAUCACCUCGACGACGGUCGACGGUGCCGGAACUAUCGGUGAAGCACUCACACAACAAACCGAAGACUGUACCUUGGAAGGACCGCACAUUUGCACGCCGCAAAUGCACGCGAUUAAUGCAACUCUAAAAGACUGUGACGUAGCGUUCGCCCCUGGACAGCGGCGGCGGGAGCUAGUCUACGAAAAAUGGCACGGUACAAACCAACGGCAGGUCAAAUUCUUCUCCCCCUAUCGGUACCCGAACAUUCGCUUCAUCUACGAUUCGACGGGAGGCAGCAAGUUUGUGUCGCAGGUUGAUUUCCUUCGUUCGGACGACGAACCUAGCGACGGUCAUGAGAACGCAAAGCAUGAGGAAUCGAACGUGCUUGCAACAGAAGGCGCCGGAUCUCAAAAUUGCUCCUACGAAUGCUUCAUUCCACUUAUGAUUGGUAGCAGCAGCAACCAAUGGUGCGUCGAUGAUGACGACGAGACUUACGAUGGCAUAUACAAACACUACAAGAGAACUUUCGAGAUGUUCAGCUCGCUUUUAAAGUUUUUGUAACAAGACAAACCCUACAUCAUUACCUGCAGUAGCUAGCGUGUAACUAACAUUCUAAAAAUGUUUCGUUUAAAGGAACACAACAGUAACCAUUACCUUACUUAAAACAGUAUAUUUGAUUCGAUCGAACAUGCUUCAAGUUUUUUUUUCCCAUUGAGCUAUACAAAGUAUGAUAAAACUUAAAUUAUAUACAAUUCCGAACACAGUAACCCGUUUUUUUGAAACGAAAAUUAUACAAGUUAACAUUAGGUGAGCUUAUGUUUUUUUCUCCACCAUAUCAGUUAAAGAAUUUGUUCAAUAAAGUUGUUUAUUCGCUAUUUAAAAC